GUGCUUGCUUGAGAACAGAACAGGUCUCGAGUCGCCAAACACCUACUUACCUGUGCCAGUUUGAGAAACUUCAAGAUGGUCUUGCCUUACAUAGUCAAUUCGUAUGCUGAUGCUGUAAUGCAUACAAAGGAUUUGCCUCGUGAAUUGGUGGAAGAGAGUCGGUUUGCUUCGGAAAUCAUCGAGACCUUCAAAGCCUGGAAAGCAGGAAGACUAAAUGGUGCAUGGGUGCAUAUCAGCUUGCAGGAUAGCCAUGUUGUUCCUCAUCUGGCAAAACUUGGGUUCAACUUUGCUCAUGCGGCCACGUGUGAGAUGACGAUGACUUGCUGGUUGAGUGAUAAGCCAUCGCGGUUGCCACCGACAACGCUUAGCUACUAUUCUGUUUCCGGGUUGGUCAUCGACGGGACAGGUCGCGUCCUUAUGGUUCGCGAGCAGCGCCGCAAGUUCUUAUGGAAGUUCCCCGGUGGUAUGCCUGAACCGUAUGAGAAUUUGCUUGAGACGGCUGAAAGAAAGGUUCUCGAAGAAACCGGAGUUGUCGCUAAAGGCGAAGCCGUCAUCUCUCUGAGACAGAGACUUCGUACGGAAUAUACGGGCUCGUGUGGCUUCUUUUUCCUGUGUCUGAUGAAGUACGUCAGAGAUGCUAAUGUAGGCCGUGUUGAAACGGUCUCUGAUGAGAUUGUCGACGUGAGAUGGUUCACGAGAGACGAGAUUAAUUCGAUGAAAAGACAUGAGUUCUUCGAUCACCAUCGCAACGUUUGGCAGGCCUACCUGAAAACUCUGGAGGACGUCGGGGGAGAGGAACUGUAUGAAGCUACCGAGAAAGACGUCACUUCGAAGAUGUUCAGCUUCGCCUUUUUCUAA